GCGGCCCUGAGCAUCGGAGCGGUGAACUCUUCAAGUCUCNGAUUAAAUUUAAAAAAUGGCCUCCAAUAAAACUACAUUGCAAAANAUGGGAAAGAAACAAAAUGGAAAGAGUAAAAAAGUUGAAGAGGCAGAGCCUGAAGAAUUUGUGGUAGAAAAAGUACUGGACCGUCGUGUAGUGAAUGGGAAGGUGGAGUAUUUCCUGAAGUGGAAGGGGUUCACAGAUGCUGAUAAUACUUGGGAACCAGAAGAAAAUUUAGAUUGUCCAGAAUUAAUUGAAGCAUUUCUUAAUUCUCAAAAAGCUGGUAAAGAAAAAGAUGGUACAAAAAGGAAANCUUUAUCUGACAGUGAAUCUGAUGAUAGCAAAUCGAAGAAGAAGAGAGAUGCUGCUGACAAACCAAGGGGCUUUGCCAGAGGUCUUGAUCCUGAACGAAUAAUUGGUGCCACAGACAGCAGUGGAGAAUUAAUGUUUCUCAUGAAAUGGAAGGACUNGGAUGAGGCUGACUUGGUGCUGGCAAAGGAGGCGAAUAUGAAGUGUCCUCAGAUUGUCAUUGCCUUCUAC